AUCAUUAAGACAAAACGAAAAGAAACUUGAUAACAUUGUGAAGAGAGGCACGGAGCUGUUGAUUCGAGUUGAAAAUUUUCCGAUAAUUACGUAAAUAACAAUGUGGAAUAUUUUUAUAUUCCCCUUGGUUUGUUUAACGCUGUCUAUACUUUACAGUUAUUAUAGUGGUGAGCCAACUAACAUAGUUGAAAAUCCAGCGAACAAUUACGACUACAUAAUCGUCGGGGCUGGAACGGCAGGCUGUGUUAUUGCAUCAAAACUAUCCAAAUCAGGGAAUGCAUCGGUUCUUCUCAUUGAAGCUGGUGGAUACUUCAAAUGGUUUUCAUCCGUUCCCUUGGCAGCUCCACUGCUACAAGGAACCGACGCGAAUUGGGCUUACCAAACAGAGCCUCAAGCGUUUUCGUCAAGAGGCCUUCGCGAGCGAAAGCAAUUUUUACCCAGAGGCAAAGGGUUGGGAGGUAGUGGCCACAUGAACUACCUGCUUCACUCGUUUGGAAUACCUGAAGACUAUGUCAAUUGGCCAGUUGGAUGGUCCUACGCUGAUCUCUUGCCGUAUUUUAAACGUGUCGAGAAUACGAUGGCGGUUUCUACAGUCUCAGUAAAAGGAAAAUUAGCUCAAGCUUUUCUUGACUCAGGAAUCGAAAUUUCCCGAGAAAAUACUGAUCUUCUCUUAGCGAGACACACCCUGAAAAACGGUGCUAGAUGGAGCAGUUAUAACGCUUACUUGAACCAAGCCUGGAAUCGAAAGAACUUGCAUAUAUUGAUGAAUACAGUCGUCACUAAGAUAAUUUUCGACAAACUUACGGCACGAGCUAUUCAGAUUCAACAUCGAAACGGUAGGAUGGAUCAACUAAAGGCCAACAGAGAAAUAAUUGUGUGCGGAGGUGCUAUCAACACUCCACAAUUACUAUUGCUAUCCGGCAUUGGACCGGCCAAUGAACUUAAAAAACAUGGCAUCCCUGUUGUGAGUCACCUCGAAAAAGUUGGAGAGAACCUGUUUGAUCACCUGAAUGUCCCAAUUUACAUUGGUCUCAAAACACCUGUAAGCGUCACUUUGAACAAGUUGAUGUCACUGAGUGAAAUCUUCAAGUACUACGCUUUUGGCAGUGGACUUUUAGCAUCAACCGCAAUUUUGGGGACAGGAAUAACAGGCCAAAGUGGAAUUGUUCUUUUUGGUAUGGGAUCAGCAGACGAGAGUUUGCUUAAAGACAUCGCCAACUUUCAUACUAUGACUUUCAGGGCGCUUUUCCCUUCGUAUAAUAAUUCCAAACAGGAAGGUUUCAUCUACUUGGCCAAUUGCUUGCAACCGAAGAGUCGUGGAAGGAUCACUUUAGGGUCAACUCAUUUCUCAGAUCCGCCAAUAAUCGAUCCGAGAUAUCUUCAGAACGAUUACGACAUCGCGUGUACCCACAAAGCGAUCAAUCUGGCCCUGGACACCCUGAAAACACGCAAAUUCAUGGAGUUGGGUGUGACACCUCACAUUCCUGAUCUGGAUGAGUGCAACCAUUUAAAACCAGAUUACUCCAACGUGGAAUUUACGGAGUGUUUGACGAGAACCGUAGGUCUAACCAGUCAUCACUUUGGCGGGACUUGUCGGAUGGGCAAUAAACACGACAAAGGUGCAGUGGUGGACGAAUAUCUCAGGGUGAUAGGAGUCAACGGGGUGAGAAUCGUAGAUGCCAGUAUUCUGCCAUCCCCUGUUUCCGGUAUGCCAAACUCAGUGAUUAUUGCGAUGGCCGAACGAGCCGCUGACAUCAUCAUGGAAGUAAAAUAAGAACUGAACUUGCUUUUACUCGGUGGUGUAAAACAA